ACGCGGUAGUAGCCGAUGUCCGGGGUGUCGCUAUGGGGGCCCGGGGGGCUUCCGCGGCCCGCGUCGGGACUGAGGUGCUGCCAUAGGCCCCACCGAAUCGCCUUUGCCACCUUUCCGGUUCAGGCGCAGGCUCCCCGCACCGCCCUCAGCAUGGGGGAACCCGAGGAGGUGGUGCCCGGUUCGGGUGCUGUGUUUACAUUUGGAAAAACUAAAUUUGCUGAAAAUAUUCCCAGCAAAUUUUGGUUUAAAAAUGAUAUACCUACAUUUCUUUCAUGUGGAGAUGAACAUACUGCUAUUGUUACAGGAAAUAAUAAACUUUACAUGUUUGGCAGUAACAACUGGGGCCAGUUAGGAUUAGGAUCAAAGUCAACUGUUAACAAGCCAACAUGUGUCAAAGCUUUAAAACCUGAAAAGGUGAAAUUUGCUGCCUGUGGACGGAACCACACCCUAGUUUCAACAGAAGGAGGCAAAGUAUACGCAGCUGGAGGAAAUAAUGAAGGACAGCUGGGACUUGGUGACACUGACGAGAGAAACUCUUUUCAUCUAAUUAGUUUUUUUACUUCCCAGCAUAAGAUUAAGCAGCUCUCUGCUGGAUCCAAUACUUCAGCUGCACUAACUGAGGAUGGAGAGCUUUUUAUGUGGGGUGACAAUUCUGAAGGGCAAAUUGGUUUAAAAAAUAUAACUAAUGUGUGUGUCCCUCAACAAGUGACUGUUGGGAAACCUAUCUCCUGGAUCUCUUGUGGAUAUUACCAUUCAGCUUUUGUAACAACGGAGGGAGAACUGUACACAUUUGGAGAACCAGAGUGUGGGAAGUUAGGUCUUCCCAGUCAGCUGCUGGUCAAUCACAAAAUGCCCCAGCCGGUGCCUGGAAUUCCCGAGAAGGUGGUCCAAGUAGCUUGUGGUGGAGGGCACACCGUGGUUCUCACAGAGAAAGCCGUGUAUACCUUUGGGCUGGGACAGUUUGGUCAGCUGGGUCUUGGUACCUUUCGUUUUGAAACUUCGGUACCCAAAGUCAUUGAGCAUAUUAAGGAUCAGAAAAUAAGUUCUAUUUCCUGUGGAGAAAAUCACACAGCUCUGAUAACAGAUAUAGGUCUCAUGUAUACUUUUGGAGAUGGCCGCCAUGGAAAAUUAGGACUUGGACUGGAGAAUUUUACCAAUCAGUUCAUUCCCACUUUGUGCUCUAAUUUUUUGAGGUUUAUAGUUCAACUGGUGGCUUGUGGCGGGUGCCACAUGCUUGUUUUUGCCACUCCACGACUCGGUGGGACAGAAGAAAUGGAGUUAGAAGAAAUAAAUGAUUCUUACUUCCCUGCAGCACCUUCUCUGCCCCUCAGCGAUCUGAGCUCAGGAAAUGUACUGAACAGAACUCUGUCAGCACGUGUGCGGCGAAGAGAGAGGGAGAAAUCACCCGAUUCUUUUCAAAUGACACAAACUCUACCUCCAAUUGAAGGAACUUCUGUGCCACCAGUUUGCUUUUCCCCCAGGCCAGUUCCUUUCUGUAUGUCUGCAAGUAAGUGGCCAGGGAAAAUGAUACUUGAAAAGGAGGACCCCAUGCUGCCAGUGGAACCAGAUUAUUUCCAGGAUAAAAUGGCCAAAGGGAAAGAGGAAGACAAUUCUUCAGCAGCAGAUUCAGAAAGCCUUGGAGAAACUACUGAUGUCUUAAAUAUGACACAUAUGAUGAGCCUGAAUUCCAAUGAGAAGUCAUUAAAAUUAUCACCAAUUCAAAAACAAAAGAAACAAGAAACAAUUGAGAAACUGAAGCAGCGUACAGCUCACUCUGGACAUGAUGAUAGUAAAGGAUUUGCAAGUGACGAGAUGUCUAAAACAGUGAAAGAGGGGAAAGCCUAUAAACAACUUUUGGCCAAAGGAAUGUACAUGAUGCAAGCAGCUAUGACUAUGGAAGCAUUUUCAGAUGAGGACGUAGGUAAUGACUCGGGCCAGCCUGGGUCUCGGGCUGACACCCGUGCAGAGGGUGUGCAAAGAGAGCUAUUUAGACGUGAAAGUAAGCACUGUAUUUAUCCACCUGACAGUAAGGCAAUAGCAAAGGCAAGUGAUGGAGGCCAAAGACAGAAGGAUCCAGACGCAAAAGAAACAGUCUCUGAGAAGGAAACUGAGCUGACGGAAAUGGCAGAUCUGAAGGCUAGGAGACAAAGCGAAGAGAAUUUGAGAAAUAUUGAUAUGUUCUUUGACUUACCAAAUAGAGAUAUGAAUAUUGAGGAUGAAGACAGUAACGAUUUUGUUAAGGACAGUAAGAGGAAUAAGCGAGAUGUGAUUUUUGACAGCGAAAGAGAAUCUAUAGAGGAGACAGACAGUUACUUGGAAGGCAAAAGCGCAAGUCAGCAAGGUACCACUGACAGCUUCGAGCAGCCCGAGUCAGUAGAAUUUAGUAGUGGAGAGAAUGAGGAUGACGAAGUGGAAACCGAGCAAAACUUGUGGUAUAGCAGAAAAUUUCUCGAACAAGUACAUGAGGAAGAGGCUGAACACAAAAUAUCCAGAUUCAUGGCAAGAUAUGAUUUUAAGUGUGACCACUUGUCAGAGAUCCCCGAAGAGCAGGAAGGAGCAGAGGAUUCAGAAGGAAGUGGAAUAGAGGAGCAAGAGGUAGAGGCAAGUGAGGAAAAUGUGAAGGUGCCAGCAAGAAAACAGGAGGAGGAAAUAGACAUCCUGUCAGACGUCCUGACAGACAGAGCAGAGGUGAGUGAAGGCAAGGGAAAGGCAGGAGGUGGAGGUGAGGGAAUCCAGUGGGAGGGAAACUCAGGAGUGGAACAGAGGCAAAGUGAGGAGGAAGAAGAGGAGGAAGACAAGGGAGGAGGAGAAAUAGAGGGCCUGGGUAAGGGAGAGAAAGACCUAGAAGAGGAGGAGGGCCAGGAGCAAAGGGAGGGGGAACGAGGCCAUCAGGAAGAAAGAAACAAAGGGAUGGAGGAAGGAGAAGGGGAGGAGAAAAGAGAUGAGAAGGAAGGGGAGGGGGGGAGAGGAGGGGAAGAAGACAGGGAAGAGGAGGAGGAAGAAGGCAAGGAGGAGGGAGAAAGGAAAGAGGAAGAAGGACAAGAGGAAGGACAGGGAGAGGGGAGAGAAGAAGAGGAAGGAGAGGGGGAAGCGGAGGAGGAAGGAGAGGAAGAAGAAGAGGGGGAAGGGGAGGAAGGAGAGGGGGAAAUGGAGGAGGAAAGAGAGGGGGAAAGGACGAAAAGAGGAGGUGAAGGGGAGGAGGAAGGAGAGGGAGAAGAAGAGGGGGAAGGGGAGGAAGGAGAAGGAGAGGGGGAAGUGGAGGAGGAAGGAGAGGGAGAAGGGGAGGAAGGAGAGGGGGAAGAGGAAGGAGAGGGAGAAGGGGAGGAAGAAGAGGAAGAGGAAGGAGAGGGAGAGGGGGAAGUGGAGGAGGAAGGAGAGGGGGAAGGGAAGAAAAGAGAAGAUGAAGGGGAGGAGGAGGGAGAGGGAGAAGCAGAGAAAGAGGAGGAAGCAGAAGAGGAAGGAGAUGGGGAAGGGAAUGAAGGAGAAAGUGAAGGAGAGGAAGAAGGAGAGGGGGAAGAAGAAGAAGGAGAAGCGGGGGAAGCAGGGGAGGAGGAAGAAGAGGGGGAAGCAGGGGAGGAAGGAGAGGGGGAGGGAGAAGAGGAAGGAGAGGGAGAAGAGGUAGGGGAGGAAGAGGAAGAAGAGGGGGAGGGGGAAGGAGAGGGGGAGGAGGAAGAAAGAGAGGAGGAGGAGAAAGAAGGGGAGGGGGACCAGGAAGGAGAAGAGGAAGGGGAGGGUGAGGGGGAAGAAGCAGAGUGGGGAGUGAGGGAGAGGGAAGAGGAGGACACUGAGGAAGAAGAGGGGAAAUACGAGGAGACAGGAGAUGAAGAGAGUGAAAAGCAGGGAAGACCGGGUGAAGGAAAAGCGUCCAACAAAGCAAGCAAAAUCAGAGGAUCUGUGAAAUAUGACAAAGAUAAGGCAUACCCCCCAAAGUUUAUUACUAACACAGAGGGCAAAGGGAAAGAGCAUGAGGUACAGAGGUUCAAAAUGCCAGUGCGGUCAAAACAACUUUUAGAAAAUGGGCCACCAGGUUCCAAAAGAUUCUGGAAUAAUGUAUUACCACAUUAUCUAGAAUUGAAGUAA